AUGAUUCGCUCACGCCUACCGAAGCUAGAAGUACCGGGAUUGUCAUUUCACGAGUACUUUUUCAAAUCGACUAGAAAAUUCGCUGACGACUUGGCCAUGAUCAACAAUGACACGAAGGAGCAGUUCACGUUCGCUGAUUUGACAACCAAAGCGAAAUUCAUUGGAAAGGCUUUGGUGGCAAUGGGAGUCGAACGUGGAGAGGUAGUAAUGCUGUGCAUGGAAAAUUCUCCUCAAGCUGUAUACCUCUUUCUCGCAGUAUCACUAGCUGGGGCUGUAGCAUGUACUUUAUCACCUAAACUAAAUGCAGAUGAAAUGCAGUUCCAAAUCGUGGAAUCCGACUGCCGAAUAGCAUUCGCUGAUCCGAUGGCUAUUCCUGAAAUACAGAAAGUAUUCCGUACAAUCAACAAGCCUCAUCGGAUCCUGUGUACUGGUGCACGAGAACUGGCUGACGGUUAUCCAAUAAUCGAAGAUCUUCAAUUUGUUGGUGACUCCAGGGCCAGCAAAGACGUCGUUCUGCCCCGAAUACAACCACGUCACGACAUUGUUUACUUGCCGUUCUCGAGUGGAAUUCAUGGCAAACGUAAAGGCAUCCUUACCACCCAUUACGUAAUGAAUGCUAAAACUAUGAUCUCUUUUAACUCUAACUCCUAUAUUCAUCCUGAACAUGGUGAAUAUACGGUAGCUAUGUUGCCUUUUCAUCGGCAACUCGGUCUCGAAACAAUAUUUAUUUCAUUAUUGGCUGGAGCUACGGUAGUUACCGUAUCCAACUUCUGUGUACAUACACUUAUGACAUGUAUAGACAGGUUCAAGGUAAGAACCCUUUAUCUCAGCCCUAUGAUAAUGUCAAUGAUGAUCAAUGAAGCUGAAAAUCACGAAUACUCAUUGGAAGACUUACGAACGGUCAUUAAUGGUAGCGCGGCUGUUUCCAAAGACCUGUUCGAUGAUUUCCGAGAAACGUUUCCGUUUGUCAGGAAUAUUAUCUCAAGUGGGUUCAGCUGA